UUCUUCCUUCUGAACGUCCAACUACCGCCUACAACAUCUACUAGUUCGCCAUGUCCGGUCCUCCGCCGAAGGGCAACUACGGUGCCCCGCCAAAGUACAUCAAUGACUUCAGCAAGGCUCUCGCGGGCGAAGUUCGCAUCUUGCUGCAGGAGGUCGGCAAGCUCAGAGAUGAACGAAGACAGUUGCAACACGAGAUCUCCGAGCUCAUGGCCGUGAGGGCGAAGUACAGCAGCGGCGGGGAGUACACGCCAGACUGGCAUCCCGGCCAUCGCGAGGCGACCCCACCCCCCGCUUUGCCCCCACCGCCGCCCCCAGAUCCCGCCGAGCCCGCCGGCCCUGCUCCCCCUGCCUGGCGGACUGUUCACAAGCGGGUUCCCCGACAAAAGAAGCCCAAAGCCCUACCUGCGCCUGCCGCAGCUCCGCCACCCCCAGCGAUCGAGGCACCGCCUCCAUCAAAUCUGCCUUCUUGGGCUCAGUGGAGACCCAACCCCAUGUACGCGCCUCAACCUCAAAUGGCUGCUCCUCCUAUGGCUUCGCCCGCGCCUCCUCGAGCCGGUCUAUUCGGUUCGCCGUCCCCACCACCGAAGUAGAGAAGAGAUCUGUACUAUUAUCUGAUUGUAUCGUUGAGUUAGCUUUCUAUUAUCUCGCUUGUCGUUCUCUUGGAUGCCCUUCUGUUAACAUUUUGAUGCCAUAACUUUUGCGUGGCCACUAGAAUCCUCUCGUUCUGACUCUUCAAUAGUGUUUCAUCACAUUUGCAAUCAAGCUACGAAUCUCGGUGUGCCCCGCUCCCUCAACCUGUGUAACCUCAUACCCAACCUCUGCACCGAAAUCGUCCGCCUGCCCGUGCUCGAGUGCUACGUGGUCUGAACUCAUGUUGAAGGCGCCCUAGUCGUACUCGUCUAAAGCGUUCACCUCGCCCGAGAUCUUGAGGUGUACUUUCAUCCGAUUCGUGGGCAUCAUCAGCAGGCAGGGUUAAGCCUCCAUGCAGGUGUACUGCGGCGUGAAAAUCAAAGCCUCCUGGCGCAGUAAAAUGGAACAGACCCCAGG